AUGGAGGACGGAAAACAAAAGGAGGGGGAGGUAGCGAUCGGCAUUGACCUAGGAACAACAUAUUCGUGUGUUGCUGUUUGGAAGAAUGGUCGUGUUGAAAUCGUACCCAACGAUCAAGGCAACCGAACCACACCGUCUUGUGUUGCUUUUCAUGACUCGGAACGUCUCAUUGGUGAUGGCGCCAAGAAUAAACUUGCGACCAACCCUUGUAACACUAUUUUUGAUACUAAAAGGCUGAUUGGAAGAAAAUUCAGUGAUCCUCAAGUUCAAGAAGACAUGAAGCUGUGGCCUUUUAGGGUCAUAAAAGGCGGCUCUGCGGACAAACCAAAGAUUGUUGUCACCUACAGAGGUCAAGAGAAGGAAUUUUUGGCAGAAGAAAUUUCAUCUAUGAUUCUUGGCAAGAUGAAAGAAUCUGCUGAGGCAUAUCUUGGGAAAGCCGUGAAAAAUGCCGUGGUAACAGCCCCAGCUUACUUUAAUGAGUUACAACUUCAAGCAACAAAGGAUGCUGGUGCAAUUGCAGGAUUAAAUGUCAUUCGCAUAAUAAGCGAGCCUACAGCAGCUGCAAUUGCGUAUGGUCUAGACAAUAAGUCUGAUAUAAUCGGCAACAUGAAUUUGCUCAUCUUUGAUCUGGGUGGUGGAACCUUUGAUGUCUCUAUAAUGAAUGUUGCUGAAAAGGGUGCUUUUGAGGUGAAAGCUGUUGCGGGUGACACUCAUUUGGGAGGUCAAGAUUUUGACAACCGUAUGGUGGAACAUUGUGUUUCGGAAUUUAAUAGGAAAUGGAAUAAGGACUUGACUAAGAACCAAAAAGCAUUGGGGAGGUUGAGACGUGCUUGUGAGAAAGCCAAAAGGAUCCUUUCAUCCAAUACUCAGACCUCAAUCGAAGUAGAUUGCUUGCAUGAUGGGAUUGAUUUUUGUAUGAAAUUCAGUCGAGCUAAAUUUGAAGAGCUCAACAUUGAUUCUUUCACUAAGUGCAUUGAGACUGUGGAGACAUGUUUAAGUGACGCUAAGAUGGAGAAAUCACGUGUAAACAAGGUGAUUCUUGUUGGUGGCUCAACAAGGAUACCGAAGGUCCAACAUAUGUUGCAGGAGUAUUUUGAUGGCAAAGAGUUAUGCAAGAGCGUGAACCCUGAUGAAGCUGUUGCAUAUGGUGCAGCCCUUAUGGCUGCAAACUUAAGUGGUAAUGCCGUUCAAAACUUGGUACUCUCAGAUGUUACUCCUUUGUCACUGGGUGUCGAUGUAAAGGGAGGCAUAAUGAAUGUUGUGAUUCCACGUAACACUUCAAUACCUACAAGUAAUUCCAGAACUUACCAUACAUCUGAGGAUAACCAAUCUGUUAUAUCUGUCAUGGUAUAUCAAGGUGAAAGAGCCAGAUGUACCGAUAACUAUUUCUUAGGAGGUAUCACAUUUUCUGGAAUACCACCUGCCCCCAAAGGUGUCGAGAAAGUUUUGGUAUGCUUUGAAAUAGAUGCUAAUGGUAUACUUACAGUUACUGCCGGUAUAAUAUCUACCGGUAAGAUGGAGAAACUCACCAUAACGGACCAGAAUGGACGUCUCUCUAAGGAUCAAAUCGAGAAGAUGGUAAAUGAUGCUCAGAGGUACAAGUUUGAGGACCAACAAUUCAAGAAGAAAGUGGAUGCAUAUAAUGAUUUGGAGGACUGCUUGUACAAUAUGAAGAAUAAGAUAAAAAAUAAUAGUAAUACUAAGAUCAAGAAGAAGAAGGUGAUCAACACCGACACCCUGAAGCUAAUCGAGAACACCAUUGCUAAAACAACCAAGUGGGUUGAACACAACCAAGCUGCAUCGCUUUCCGAGCUUCAGCUCAAAAAGGCACACCUAGAAUUUGUUUGCAAGCCCCUGCUUUAGGUCUCGAUCAGA